CGUGACCUCCUGCCAGUCAGCCAAUGGGUGAGCGCGGCGGCGAAUUUCGAAUGUGGUGGCGUUAGCCGGCGGGCGACUGGGGACGGGGCCUAAACCUGGAGGGGCCGGAGCACAGGCUACGCCGGCCAGACAGCUUCGCGAAACCUUGGAAUGUAAGGAGGGCGACAGCUGCGGCAGAAGUGGUGGCCAAGGUACUGUUUUGGACGUACCUGUGGGAGGAAGAUCUCCCGGCCCUCUUCCGGCAACACCCCCCGCCCCCGACUUUCCCCGAGCCCCUCCGUGAAAGAGAAAGCCGCGGGGUUUCCAGGCAGAAGAUGGCCAAGGAAAGGUGCCUUAAAAAGUCCUUUCAAGAUAGUCUUGAAGACAUAAAGAAACGAAUGAAAGAGAAAAGGAGUAAAAAUUUGGCAGAGAUCGGCAAACGAAAGUCUUUCAUAGCUGCUCCAUGCCAAAUAAUCACCAACACUUCUACACUGUUAAAAAACUACCAAGACAACAACAGAAUGUUAGCUUUAGCUUUGGAAAAUGAAAAAUCCAAAGUGAGAGAAGCCCAAGAUAUCAUCUUACAACUGAGAAAAGAAUGUUACUACCUCACAUGUCAGCUACAUUCAUUGAAAGAAAAACUGGCUUCACAACAAACCGGAGAAACUACUCAGAACCAAGAAGUAUGUCCCUUUGGAAUGGCCACCAGUAGUGACAACUCCGGGGAUUUAUUUAUGAAGGAUUUACCACAAGUUCCUCUUCAGGAAGCUCACCUUCCAGGACAAGGAGAAUCAUUCCAAAUAGAAGAGCAAAUACCUAUUUCUCAAGACAGACUGGGAUUUGGUUUGAAUUCAGAUGAUGAUAAAUCUACUGAUAAUGUCUUACCUAGAACUGUAUCUGUCCGUCGCAGUUUAAAGAAACAUUUUAAUAAUCUAUGUCAGUUCAAUACCUUGGAUGAUUUUGAAAUCAGUCAUUUCUCAGAGCACUCCUUUGAAUUGGAAAGAAUUAGAUGUGUAGACCCAGUAGUAAAUAUGCACUUACCUGAAAACGUGGAACAAAAUGUUUGUCAAUGGAAUAAUGAUCAAAUUAACUUAUCACCAAAGCUGAUUGACCCAGAAAGAUCCACUAAAACAAAAGAAGACAUCUUAGAGUAUAAACCUGAACAAACUAAAAAUAAGCGCAGAGGUGCACAAGGAAGAAAAGGAGAAGAGAAAAGAAAAGGUAACAGAAGGAAAAAAUCAAAAUCUGUAUCAAAGUAUAAAGCGAGCAAAAGUGAAAAUAAAAAAACUGUCUCCAAAGAAAAGUUGGAUGAAUCUGUCACUUCCAGUGAUGCCUACAAUUUUAAUUUGGAAGAGGGAAUUCAUCUCACUCCUUUCCGACAAAAAAUUAACAAUGAUUCUAACAGAGGAGAAAACACCAAUGAACCUGAAGUGAGCGUCUGUGAAUCAAGUGGUUCAGGAGAUGACUCUGAUGACCUCUAUUUGCCCACUUGCAAGUACAGUCAAGGUCUCUCCAGUGAACCAGCUGGGAGCCCAGUCAGCAGGCCGAGACCUAAAAGAGCGCUAAAACACAGGGCUGAAAAAGAGAUAGAGGGCACUAAGCUUAUAACAACUCCUAUCAGUGCACUACCUAAAACUCACCGCUCACCUCAUUUUAGCCUGAAGGAUAUCACCAAUGCUCCCUUGUAUCCUGUAUUGAAAGUCAGAAAACUUUCUCUUUCUCCAAAAAAGAAUAAAGAAAGCCCAGCAGUGUCUCUGCCAAAGCGUAGGUGCACAGUCAGUAUGAACUAUAAGGAACCCACACUCAUUUCGAAACUGAGAAGAGGAGACCCUUUUACAGAUUUGUGUUUCUUGAACUCUCCUAUUUUCAAACAGAAAAAGGAUCCCAGACGCAGCUCUAAAAAAAAAGUAUGAAGCAAAUACAGUGAAGUGUUUUCUGGAUGCUGUUUAAAUUCAUCCUACUACACCUCCUAUCUCUCCAAGAGAGAAUCUGUAAGAUAGUCUACAAAAGGGUUGAACUAUUGCCAUGGAAUAUUCUUUGACUGAACCCUAGAUCAUGAAAAUGUCUUCAAAACUAUACUUCAAAUGUGAUGCUUUUUUCUCAUACCACUAAUAAAUUUGGUUUAUUUUUUCUUUUAAAUAAAAAUAACCGGACAUAAGCCCAAUUUCUUAAACUGCCUAAAACUUUUAAUUUUACUCAAAAUGUAUCUUCUGCGAAAGUAAAAUGUGAGAUAAUGAACUGAUGGUUGCUUAGGUUCUGGGACUAGGCAAGUGACUAGCUCUAAAUACCAAGCUAUCUAGGUGUAUACUGUUCGGUGACCCGUUAGCGAAUUAUUAUGUUUGGACUUUCAGGAUAGUUCCUUAGUCGUUACCAUAGUAGGGUCAGUGCAGAUACAGAACAUUUCCAUCACUAUAGAAAGUGAUUGCACUAUUGGGCAAUUUGAAGUUUGGUGUUUUUAUACUUUUAAUAUUUCUCUAUUCUUACUGUUUAUCCCUAGACUGUUAAGAAUCAUUUUGUAUGUUAACAUUUUACAUGAAUGUUAUAUUGUACAUACCUUUUUGCAACUGACUUUUACUUAACUCACCAAUGUUUUUGAGAUUUAUCCAUGUUGGCAGAUGUAGAUUAUUUUCAUCGUACAGUUAUAUAAAUAAACUAGACUUACUAUUUUGAGAGAUAAUUUGCUUCCACUAUUUCCAUUAUUACAAAUUAGUGCUGCGGUGAAUAUUCUGCAUUCUUGCACACAUGUGAGUAAGUUUCCAUGGAGUGGCUACCUAGAAGGGGAGCUGCUCUCUAAAGUGGCUGUACCAAUUCUCCUGACACAAGGAGUGUUAUCACUCUCCUAUGAGCAAUUUAUAAGUUCUAGUUUCCCCACACAGUAUCACUUGGCAUUAUUGGACAUAAAAUUACCUAAGCCAAUGAAUGUGAAAUGGCUUUUGUUUUACUUAUGAGAUAUUAUCUCAUUGAGUUAAUUACUUGUGAGAAUUCAAAUAUUGGUCACUCAUUCCUUCUAUAAAUUAUUGUAUAUUUUGCCCACUUUUCAACUAGAGUGUCUUUUUCUUAAUAGAAUAGGGCUCUUUAUAUAUUCUAGAUAGUAUUCCUUGUCUUUAUUUACAUGGGCUAUAGCUUUCUUUUUCUACUUUAUUUUUACCUUAUGUUUUUUGAUGUUCAAGAAUUUUAAAUAUUAAUAUCCUCUGUCACCUUUUUGCUUAAAAUUUUUCUCUACAAUUUGUUUUGCUUUUUCACUUAGGUCUUUAACUGUGUAGCAUUUUGUGGAAUGGGGAUCUGAUUUUAUUUUCCAUGAGAAUAGCCCAUUGCCUUAGCACUAUUCAUUGACUGAUCUAUCUUUUCCCCACUGAUGAAUACCACUCUCUUUGUCACACACCGAAAUUUCUUUCUAUUGGUUUAUUUGUCUAGCUAUGGUACUGUAUAAUCACUUUUUUUUUUUUUUGGUUUGGCGAUAAAAUAUAGUAUCAUUUUGAUCAUUUUUAAGUGUAUAGUUCAGUAGUGUUAUGUACAUUCACAGUGCUGUGCAAUCAUCAGUUACCCGUCUCCAGAACUUUUUCAUCAUCCCAAACUGAAACUCUGUACUCAUUAAAUAACUGCCCUUUUACUCCACCCCACCCCAUCUCUUAGUAACCACUAUUCUACUUUAUGGCUCUAUGAAAUUGACUAUUCCAGGUACCUCAUGUAAAUGAGUAUAUACAGUAUUUCCCCUUUUGUAUCUGGCUUAUUUAACAUAAUGUUUUAUCCAUGCCAUAGCAUGUUUCAUACAUGUCCACACAUACCAGAAUUUCAUUCCUUUUUAAGCCUCAGUAGUAUUCCAUUGGAUCUAUGUACCACAUUUUGUUUAUCAAUGGGCAUUAGGGUUGUUUCCACUUUUUGUCUAUUAGAAAUAAUGUUGAGGGGCGCCUGGGUGGCUCAGUCAGCUGAGCGUCCGACUUCAGCUCAGGUCAUGAUCUCACAGCUCAUGAGUUUGAGCCCCACGUUGGGCUCUGUGCUGACAGCUCAGAGCUUGGAGCCUGCUUCUGAUUCUGUGUCUCCCUCUCUCUCUCUGCCCCUCCCCCACUCAUGCCACAUCUCUGUC